UUUCUCCAUAAACCGCCACUCUCCUUUCAAAAAACAAAGAAAAAAAAUCAGACUCUCUUUCCCUGGAAAUGGAGAAUCGAUUCAAGCUAAGAAUCUCUCGCAUGUUUCGAUCUUCGCUUGGCUCCUGUCGAACCCGGAACAUCUCGGACGUUAUUGAAAAAGCCGUUUUCUCACCUCAAAACCACCAGAAAUUCCACUUGAUCGAGCCAUUGUCGUCGCCGCCACCUAAGGCUCGAGCCUUCCCUUCCGUUUGUAGACCCAGAUGCCCUGAAUCAUCAACCCAAGGCGCCAUCAAUCAUGAUUGUAUCAUGGUUACUCCUAGAGAAACUCUCCCAAGACGUAAAGUCUUUGCUCGUUACCCUCCUUUUCUUGUCUCCGCCGCUGAUUUUGAUGGCCGAAAGUGCCCUCCUGUUUCCCCUAUUUCGCCUCUGAACCUCUUCUCCUACUGUAAAGACUUUGGUUUCUAUGAGAAAAAGAAGAGUUUAGCCGGACACAAGAAGAAAAAGAAGAAUAACAAAAGGGUUCAUCUUAAAAGCAAGAAUAUUUCUUCUACUACCACAUUUUUCAGCUCAUCUUCUCAAGAAAGUGCUACUAAUAAUAACAAUUAUGGUGGGUGGUGGUUUAGCAGUGAAGAUGAAACCGAGAUUCUUUUCUCUUCAAGGACUCUUUCUUCGGAUUCAUCCGAGUCUCUCCGGCAACGUUCUAGUCACAGGAAAAGAUGCAACACUCGUCGGAGAAGAGCAAAGAACAGGAGCGGUGACAUGGCGAUUUUACCAUUGGAAGGAGCCGAUAAAGUCAAAGAUAGCUUUGCUGUGGUGAAACGUUCAAGUGAUCCCUACAAUGAUUUCAGGACAUCAAUGGUGGAGAUGAUCGUUGAGAGACAGAUAUUUGCAGCUAAGGAUCUCGAGCAACUGUUGCAGUGUUUCCUGUCCCUGAACUCUCAUCACCAUCAUAGGAUUAUUGUUGAGGUUUUUACAGAGAUUUGGGAGACCAUGUUCUCAAACUCGUCUUAAAAUGUAGAAGAAGAAAACUGUCAAGUGUUAACUUUGUUUGUUUCUCCUUGUUUAUUUUACUGCAUGUUCUUACGAAAUGUAGUAGUUUAAUUAGAUUUUAGAGCUCUAAUUCUGAAAUUAACGUUGUUAAUG